AUGAGUAAGGUUGUUUUCGUGGGGAAUGUCCCCUACAACAUGGGAGAGGAAAGUCAUCAAUCUUUCAUGGAACAACUCAUCGACGUCUUCAAGUCGGUCGGUCAAGUCGUGGGCUUCAGACUGGUCUUCGACAGAGAGACAGGGAAACCUAGAGGUUAUGGCUUCUGUGAAUUUGCUGAUCAUGAAACCGCUGCAUCUGCUGUUCGGAACCUCAAUAAUGCCGAUGUUGGUGGCCGCCCGUUACGAAUUGACCUCGCCGACUCCGAUCCCUUCCUCGAAGGCAAGACCACUGUGCGAGGCGAGCUGCUCGAUGGGAGUGAUCCGAGAGGCCGCUGGCGUGAUCACCGUGAGCAACAAGACCGCGACCGCGACCGAUAUGAUAAUCUUCGCGAUCAACCCAAAACUCAAGACCCAAAUUCUUUCUUGUCAAGUUUGCCACCCGGUGUACCCAUACCUCCUGGGUCGACUGCAUUAGAUACCAUCAGUCAGACACUUGCAACUAUGAGCCCGGCUCAAUUGGUCGAAGUGCUUGCCCAGAUGAAGGCUUUUGUGAUCACCCACCCGGAUCAAGCGAAGGCACUUCUCGUUGCGCAUCCGCAGUAUGCUUAUGCUUUGUUCCAAGCAUUGCUGCUGAACAAAAUAGUAGACCAGAGUGUUCUUCAGGUAUGUCGUAAUAAUUUCGGUGUGGAGCGACCGUCGAGCGAAAUGGCAAUUGCACAGCGCAUGCUUCAAGCAACUGCGGGUAGCGGGGCUCCCCCGGGUCCAGGAAUUUCUCAACCGCCCCACCACACAAUGCAAUACCAGCAGCCUCCACCCAUGCACCAGCCCCAGCCCCAACCGCACAUACCUCCGCCAAUGUCCGCCCCGCCCCCACAGUCAACCGCUCCACCGAGUAUGUACACGCACCAACAGCCCCCGUCGCAUAUGUCAGCUCCGCAGCAACAACAGUCUUGGUAUCGGCCUCCACCCCCGCCCCACCCGGCUCCCAUGCCUGACCUGAGCAUUGAUCCGGCCCAAAGGCAAAUGCUCAUGCAAGUACUCAGCUUAACUCCGGACCAGAUCAAUGGCUUGCCGCCUUCCGAGCGAGAAGCAGUCCAGAACUUGCGCAAUCAAUUUUUGGGUAUCUCAGCCUAG